UUAGUUCUGGACCGAAGAAACUGCACUGCAAUUUCUCUUUUCACUAAAAACAUUAUAUCUUUUACCUUUACCUGCCUUUCUUGAUAUCUUCUCCCUCAAGAUCCUUCCCCGGACCCUAAAAGCAACAAAGAAUCCAUUGAAUGCCACUCAAUUCUUGAUUUCAUUUUCAUGUUUUCUCCUCAAUCUUGCAGAACCAAAAGAUGGGUGUAGGUAUAUCAGUCUUGCUGGGGUUAAAAGCAACAGUGUUGUUCCUCAUCUUUGUAUCUCUUCAAAAUCUUGAUUUCACUUUAUCGUCAUUACCAUUCUUGUAUGCCUCAUUAGUAUCAUUACUGGUAUCACUAGCUUCUCAUCCAUCAAUCAAUCUCCCUAUGCUUUUAUCCAAAAACCCAGAUGGGACUUUUCCUAUUUGGUCUCUUAUAAUUUUUAGUCCGUACUUGUAUUUUGUUAGAUUAUUUUCAUUUCUACGUAGGUUUACUAGUGGUGAAGAGCCUUAUAGUGAGAUUUGUGAGGGUGUUUAUGUUGGUGGUUGGCCUUAUUCAGUUGAUAAGUUGCCACCUGGUAAUCCUGCUAUUAUAGAUUGUACUUGUGAGUUUCCAAGAAAGGAAGAGUUUAAAGGGCAUUCUUAUUUGUGUCUUCCAACUUGGGAUACCAGGGCACCUCAGCCUGGAGAGAUUGAAUCUGCUGUCAAGUGGGCUUGCAGAAAAAGAGCUCAGAACAGGCCUGUUUUCAUUCACUGUGCUUAUGGUCAUGGAAGAAGUGUUGCUGUGAUGUCCGCACUGUUGGUGGCCCUGGGCGUGGUGGAAGACUGGAAAAAGGCUGAGCAGUUCAUAAGAGAAAGACGACCUUGUAUUUCAAUGAACUCUGUGCAUUAUAAUGCCUUGGAAGAAUGGUCAAAGCACCGGUUAUCCAAUCCUAAGGGAAAUGAAGUGAACACAAGUUCUGCCAUUCUGUCAACUGCGUCUGGACGCUCACGAUAUGAUAGGCCAAAAAACAGAAGUGAUUAACAUGCAUCAUUAACGCGCUGCAGACUAUUAUUCCAUGUAGCACACAUGUGGCUUAUAACACUGUUAUUCCUUUUCCCGUGUGAUUAACUUAUUAAAAUCUAGCUGUGUGGUACUGUUUGGAUAUCAAAAUGUGAUCUGUGGACAUAAUUGUUUGUGUUGUUGACUUGCUACAUCAACUGUGAAUGAGCGUUGAAUUUGAAACUGAA